AACAGCUACGUCGUUCCAGUGGAGUCAACAGCGACCCGCAAAGAGAUCUCCAACAUUUUGUCAGGUUCUGCUCAGUUACCGGGCGGCAGCGCCCACAGGAUACCAACUUUUAAAAGAUACAUAUAUCUGAACUUUUCUUGUCCAUGUUCCGUAGUAGUUAAUUUAAUCUGUUGUCUACGAUGAAGUGGGGAGCAGCUGAUUUGGGGGUAACAUGGACAUUGUUCUCUCUGUUAUUCAACUUUUCUGUCACCAACGGACAAAAUCCGCCGAACUACAACCUUUUCCAAGGAGCUGCGUACCAGGGAGCGAGACACCGACAGUCACAGAGGAAUAGGAACUGGUGUGCAUAUGUGGUCCAUAAGAACGUGAGCUGUACCGUCCAGGGGAAUGUGGAGAGCUUUGUGGAGCCUGAGGUGGCACCGUGCCCAAACCAUGACCCAGACUGUGAGCAACAAGUGAUGUAUCGGACGCGGUUCCGGCCGGCCUAUAAGAUCGCCUAUAAGACGGUGACAGACCUGGAGUGGAGGUGUUGCCCUAGUUACCAGGGACCAGACUGCUCUGAGCUGAAGGCUGCUCCUAACAGACAGACAGUACCAGCCGGGUCACAGCCACCCCAAACCCAGUACCCUAACAGACAGACAGUGCCAGCAGGGUCACAGCCUCACCAGAACCAUAACUCAGAGGAAGCACCACACUACCCUCAGACCAGAUCCAUCCCUGGACAGACCAGACACCCACAGAGGCCAGAGAGGAGGGAGACUGGGGUGUAUGAGGGGAGGCAUGGAGGAGCAGAAAAAGACAGGGUGCGUCUCCUGGAGGGGGAGGUGCAGCGCCUCUCCCAAACAGUGGGGGCACUGCAGGCUGCGAUAACUGGGCUGAGCUCCACUCUGAGAUCUGACCUUCAGGAGGACACCUCCAAGAUGCUGGUCACCCUGCUCAACAACCUCCGCGCUGUGACCCCUGACAGUGUCCACGCCCCCGACAUAGAGCAGGCCGCAGUACCACCAGACAACCACCAGGGGUCAGUGAUCGACGGGCACCAGGCCACCAGGGGACCAGUCCAGGGGGACAGGGGGCUAGAAAAGGUCCUGGCCAGGUUGGAUGAUGUCAACACCUCUCUGAAGAGUAAAGAGGAGGCUCUGGAGGAGCUGAGAGGUACCGUGACCUCACACAGCGGUCAUAUUCGCCUGCUGCUUGAUGCCUCUCAGACACAGCAAGACCCUGACCCUAACCCUGUUGGGGGUGGGGCCCCUGCUGACCUGGAGGAGGUACUAGACAAAUACAUGGACAGGCAGCUGGGCUUCCUGAGGAAGAACAUGGAGGACAGCAUGGAGAGAACGAUAGAGGAGAGGAUAGGGAAGGAGGUGGAGAAGCUGCAGAAAUUCUGUGAUGGAAGGAUCCAGCUGAUGGAGAGGAGGUGUGAGGAGGAGCGGGAGAGAGGACUGCUCAGUUUGACUGAGAUGGUGGACAAGGAGGAGCAGCUAAAGCAGGAGAUCAGGGAGUUGAGACUGGACAUCACUGCCUCCGACCAGCCCGGCCGGUCACUCAGACAGACUGACCCCAAACCUAAUGUUAGACAGACUGACACUAAACCUAAUGUUAGACAGACUGAUUCCAAACCCAGCCUUAGCCAAACUGCCCCUGCCAGACAGACCGACCUGGCUAGACAGGAUAACCAGCCACCAGGUAUCCUACCAGCUGUCCAGCGUGGUGACCUAUCUGAUCUGUGGAGGGAGCUGGAGCGUGUGGCGGAGGCCCAUCGUAUCCUGAAUGCCCGCAUGGACAAUGAGCUGCAGUACCUGUCCUCUCCACGGGGGGAGCUAGAGGGGGAGGGGUUAGGACUAGAGGGAGAGGUGGGGUCUCGGCUGGAGGAGUUAGAGGCGCGUCUGAAUGUGACAGAGCAGAACGCGGAGGUCCACUGUUUCUACGUGGAGGAGAAGCUGACCCGGGCACUAGCCGAGCAAGGGGCGGAGCUACGACAGCUGCUGGAGGAACGAGUAAACGUACUGGAAGACCAGUUUACUACCAUGCUGGUCGAGAUGAACAACGAGUCAUAUCCUGUUGGAGGAGGAGGGAGCGUGGACCUUCAGGCUGAGUUGAACAACAACAAGUUUCUUCUGCAGGGUCUCAAUGACAAGGUGACCGCUGUGGCUGAGCUCUGUGCUCACGGCUGUGGUGGAGGACCUAACACCGGAGGGUUUCCCAACACCAACCCUGGAGCUUCCUCCCACCCUGUAGUUCUGGACAGUGUGGUGAAGGACCUGAAGCUCUGUCGUAACGACCUGGAUAUCCUCCACACGGAUGUGACGUCCAACUCUGACAAACUGAGAGAGCUGGAGGAGAUUAUAGACAGGCAAAUGGUGGGGCAGAAGCGGAGCGUUAAGGAGCUGGAGGACCUCCAGAGGGGGAUGGUGAUCCUGCAGGACAACGUAGGGGGUCUGGGUGGGGCAGUGACAGGGCUGGGGGACUCUCUGAGCAGGUACACCCAGGACCUCACCAGGAUUAACACCACCUACAACACCUGCUGCCAGGUUGGGGCAGGGGCCAAAGCAGGGGCCAGGCCAGGGGAAGGGUUAGGUGGGUUUGGUGCCACUACUAUCGGUCCAGGCAGGAUCCAGAGUGCGUCUGAGGUAACGGUCCCCAGAGGAGAGGUGGAGGGAAGCAGCAGCAGCCAGGUGGAGGAGCUGAGAACCAAACUGGACAGCCUCACUAACCAGGUGCAGACAGAACUUCAGCGUUGCUCUGGUGUGUCUGGGGUGGAGGGGCGUGUCCAGCGCCUGGAGAAAGUGUGUGUUCAGCUGGACGGGGUGUCGGCCAGGGUGCGGGGAGUGAAGGAGGGGUUGGAGAAGCACGUCGCUGGGCUGUGGCACCACGUCAGCCGGGUCAACACCAUGCUGGAAAGACAGGCUGCUGACAUCACCACCCUAGAGACCUCCCUAAAGACACUACAGACCAGGAGCACUGACACUAACGCCAGGGAGACAGAUGAAGCUGUGAGACCUGGUUCUGUCCCAGAUCAGACCAGACCCAGGGUUAACCAGAUCCACAUUCCCCACAGGACCCCCCUUGACUCGUCCCCCCAGACCCCCAGGCAACCCUACAACCCCAGACAGCCAGCCAGUCCACACCAGCCUGCCAACCCUCUACAGCCCAACACCCACCACCAUCCGAACCAACCAACUCUGUACCUGGUGCCACAUAAGCCUAAUCAGCCAGGCCAGCCCACUGUCAUCCUCGUUUGUCCCCAUCCUAACCAACCAUCCAACCCUAACCAACCCUUCUCCCUAACGAUGGUCCCUGUUUCCCCGCCAGCCCAGCCUCCUCUAACCCUCCCAGUCAGCCGUUUCUAUCUCUGCCUCGGGUCCUGGAGGUGGGAGAGGCUGGUCCACCAGGCUACAUGA